UCAGAGAGCUUUCGUCUCUCUCUCUCUCUCUCUCUCUCUCUCUCUCUCUCCCAGCCUUCACGUGGAUCGUCAAUGGCGGGAAGAAUCAACCGGAGGGACGAUGAUGCUCUGGUCCUGAGCAGCACCAACGUCUUCGCAGCUCUCGGCAGCUUGAAGAAGAAGAAGAAGAUGAAGACGACGGCGACGAAGAAGAGCGAUGGAGAGGCCUCCAGGGGAGCUCAGGAGCAGGUCUUCUGGGCUCCCGCGCCUCUCAAUGCGAAGUCGUGGGCUGACGUCGUCGACGACGAUGACGACUACUACGUAGCUGCCAUGCCGCCGGAGCGCGCAUGGAGCCAACCAGGCGAGCCGAAGGCGGAGGAGGAGAGCGAGUCCGAGGCUUCUCUUGAGGAGGAAAGUGAGAAUGGUGAUGGUCUUGUUGAAGUAGGCGAUGAAGGCAUGGAAGAAAUUGAAAAUGAACCUGAGUUUGCUGUGGACAGAGAACCUGUUACAAAGAUGCCUAUUGAAGCUCCUCCUGCUUUUAAAGAGACUGAAAGGCAGCUUUCCAAGAAGGAACUGAAGAAAAAAGGGCUUGAAGAACUUGAAGCUGUUCUUGCUGAGUUUGGUUAUAUGAACAGAGAGAAAAGCAGCCAAGAUGAAACACAAGAUGAUGCACAGAUGCGAAAACCAGUGGAUUCCAAUAGAGAAGUGGAUAAGAAAGGGAAUGCUCCUGGAGAAAGCAAAAAAAUGAAGAAGAAAAAGAAGGACAAGUCUUUUAAAAAGACUAAAGAAGUGCAAGAGCAACUUGGUGGCACAGAAGUUGGAGCUAGAACAGAUGAAACUACUGAGACCAAGAACUUCGAAGAUAAUUCUACCAUUGACAUAAAAGAGCGGCUUAAGAAACUGGCAUCCACGAAAAAGAAAAAGUCUAGCAAAGAGAUGGAUUCUGCUGCCAGGGCAGCGGCUGUGGAGGCUGCUGCAAGGAGUGCAAAGCUUGCCUCGGCAAAGAAAAAGGAGAAGAAUCACUAUAAUCAGCAUCCGGCGCGGUGAACUGAGAAAACCUUUUUCCUGCCUUUUUAUCUUUGUUAUGCAUGAGCAUGAACUUUGUCUUGUUCAUUGUUGGAUAGAAAGUAAAUAGUGGGAAUCGGUGAUAUGAACAUGGUUUUGAACAAGACAGAUGGUUUUUCAUGA